CCUUUCUUUCUCUUUCACUCUCCAUUGUUAACCCUAAACCAUAAUCGGCCUCUCUUCUCUCAGCUGUCUCAGUACUCUACUCGACCAUUCUCUCUCGUCCCCUUCGCCGCCGGACUUUCAGACCGGACCACUAGCUACUCUCUCUCUCUCUCUCUCUCUCAGAUUGCCAUUGUGAACCAGAACUAGGGAAGUUGGUUUAAUUCAGUGAUUUUUUAGGAACAAUGGUUAUGCAGCUGUUCGACGGUAGUGAUUCAGAUAAUGAAGAAUUUGAGAAGAUUGAGGUUGACAAGGAGUUUGCUCGAAGGUACGAGCACAACAAGAAGCGCGAGGAUCUUCAGAGGUACGAGGAGUUGAAUAAGAAGGGACUUAUUCCUCGUCGAGCACGUCCAGAUGCUGAUGGAGAUGAAGAUGAUUCUUCGGAUGAAUCAUCCUCGUCGGAUGAUGAGGACGAUGUUGAUAUAAAGAAGAAGGAUUUGGAAUUCUUUAAUGCUUUGCUUAAGGUUAGGAAGCAAGAUCCGAGUUUGAAGGAGAAGGAUGUCAAGUUGUUUGAAUCCGAAUCUGAGUCUGAUGAGGAAGAAGGUGAAGAAGGGAAGAAAGAGAAGAAAAAGAAGGCUAUGUAUUUGAAGGAUGUGGUAGCUAAGCAUUUGAUUGAAGAAGGUGCUGAAUUUGAUGAUAAAGAUGAAAAGAAUAACAAGACUAAACUUGUUUACAAUGAGGAGCAAGAGGAGUUGCGUAAGGCUUUUCUUGAAGCCGUUGAAGGAAGUGAGGUUGAAGAGGAUGAAGGAGAUUUGUUGAAGUUGAAGGAAAAGAGUGGAGGGGAUGAGGAUGGGAGUGAUGAUGAGGAGUAUCAUAAGACAUUGGAUGAGGUUUUUGAUGAAGACCAUGAAAAGUCAAUGUUUUUGAAGAAGUUCUUUAUGAAUAAGAUGUGGCUUGAUAAGAACAAUGAUGAGGGUGUUGAGGGUGAGGACUUGGAACUGUUGUCGGAAGAUGAGAAGGCGAUUGAGAAGCAAGAGGAGUAUGAGUAUAGGUUUCAAGAGAAUCCCGGGGAUCGAGUUUUGGGUCAUGCUAGGGAAGUGGAGGGCUCGGUUAGGAAGAAAUUGAAGGCCAGGAAAGAGCAGCGGAAGCAUAAGGAGGAGAGGAUGGAGAUUGCAAGGUUGGAGAGGGAAGAGGAAUUGAGGCAUUUAAAGAAUUUGAAGAAGAAGGAGAUGGAUGAAAGAGUUAAGAAAAUCAUGGAGAUUGCUGGAAUUGGAGAUGACGAGGUUCUCCCUUUGAGCGCCAAAGAAAUAGAGGAUGAGUUUGAUCCCGAGGAGUACGAUAGAAUGAUGAAGAAAGCGUUUGGUAACAAGUACUACGAGGCAGAAGAUGCUGUACCAGAUUUUGGCACUGAUGAAGACGAGGAAAAACCAGAUUUCGAUAAAGAAGAUGAGUUGCUUGGACUUCCAAAAGAUUGGGACAAUUUUGGAACUGGUGACGGGUUCUCAGCUGCAAGGGAAAGAAGUUUAAAGCAUAAGAUCGACGGUCUAGAGAGCGAUAGUAAUGAUGAAGAUGAAGAUGGAGAGGCAAAAGAGGAAGUGAGUAAAGAAAAAAAGCGAAAGAGGAAGCGAAAAACAGCUCUUUUGGAGAAAGCUAAAGAGGCCAUGUUGGAGGAAUACUAUAAACUAGACUAUGAAGAUACAAUUGGAGACUUGAAAACAAGAUUCAAGUAUUCGAAAAUAAAACCUAAUAGAUUCGGGUUGAGUGCUGCUGAGAUAUUUGUAACAGAUGACAAAGAGUUAAACAAGUAUGUGUCUCUGAAACAGAUGGCUCCCUAUAAAGAUAAAGAAUGGAAGGUACCCAAUAGUAAGAGGCACCAGUUUAAGCUUAUGACACAAGAGCUUCUUCGAGGAGGAGAUAAACAUGAUCGAAAAAAGCAUGGUAAAAAGAAGAGAGUGAAGGAUGAUGAUGAUGCUAACAAGGCAACAUCUUCUGCAGAUGCUAAGUUGGAAGAUAGUAAAGUAGAAUUAGAACAAUCUGCUGGUGAUGAGAGCAAUUUGUCUAGGCAAGCUAGGAGAAGGCAACGACAAUCGAAAUUUAAACUAGAAAACACCAGACUCGGGGCAUAUGAAAAGCGGGAAUCAAAACAGAAGAGGAAACGAAGUACUGAAAAUUAGCAGCAGCAGCAGCAGCAGCAAGCAAUUUUGGCACCGUAUCGAAAUGUCAUUUUUUCUUUUGGGGUAAAAUCAUGAACAAUGAACAUGGAGAUGAAGAUGAAGAUGAAGAGCAUUUGGUGGGGUUGUAGCUUUACAAAUAUCUUAAAUGAGUUUGUAUUACUAUUAUAAUAAUUUUGAUUUGAGUUACAAAUAUCUUGAAUUAGUUUGUAUUACUAUUAUAAUUUUGAUUUGAGGAGAUGGUGUAAUACAUGUCCCCUCCAUUCUUCACCCAAAAAUAUAGUACUAAGAAUUAACUUCUAAAUAAACUUUGUCCUAUUGACUGUUUGGAUUUGAUCAUUUAUUUUUUCCAUUAAUUUAAACCUUUAGUUGUACUAUG